GGAAGUUACUGAGAAACAGUAACUUUGGCCAAAAAUGACCGCGACGUUCUCUGGGGUUCACUUCUAAAGAAAAAGAGAACGGAGGCCACGUUUCCCAGAGGACCUUAGUGGGGGUAGUCCAAAGCAGCCGUAGCGGGUCCAGUUACAGCAGCAAAGGUCACAUGCUUCAGCCCAGACAGGACAAGGAUCCGGCACAUUCUCUGGUGAAGACUUUCCCAGUCACCGCUCCAACAUGCCGCAGCCUGGGCUUUGGAUGGUGCUGGCCCCUCUACUGGCUGCCUUCAAUGCAAGGACGGCCAUCCUCUCUCCCUGCAGUGGGGCCCACUGCCAUCUCCUGUGCCUUGUCAUCUGCUUGCUAGGCCAGCACUGCAUGACUGGAAGCUGCCUGCAGUGCCCUGCAGGCUUUUACCGCCUGGGUGGCAGGUCAGCUCUGCAGCUGUGCCCCACUGGAGCCUGCGAUGCACUCCCAGGACUCUCAGACAGCAAGGACAGCCAGCAGUACCUGCCUGGACAGGAGCCAAGCUCGCAGCAUGCUGGCUGUGUCUUCUGUCCUCUGCGCUACUUCACAGAUGGAGGCCUCGGUGUCCAGCCCUGCCCCACAGGCCACUUCUGCGCAGACGAUGCUGCCAGGAGCUCCAAGGGCAAGAGGGAGACACCCCACCCCAACACCAGCUUCUGCUGGGCAGUUCUCAGCCAUUGUCUACAGUGCCCAGCAGGACACUUCUGCCCCAGCAGAGCCACCCACCCCAUCCCGUGCCAGCCGGGCACAUUCAACCCCCGCCCGGGCCAGGAUGAAGCUGCAGACUGCGUUCCGUGCCCAGCAGGCAGGGCCUGUACCCAGGCUGGGCUGACUCAGCCAGACACCAAGUGCACGCUGGGGUACAUGUGCCCAGUGGGCUCUUCUAGCCCCCACGCCCAUACCCACACCUGCCCGGCCGGGACCUUCAGCAGGCACCAUAGCCUCUCCUCCCUGUUGCAGUGUAAGACCUGCCCCGCAGGACUGGCCUGCCCUCCAGGAACUGGGGGUCCAAACUGGCCCCCCACCCCCUGCCCAGCUGGCCAUUAUUGCCCUCCGGGAACCAAACAGCCAACCCAGUUCCAGUGUCCCCCGGGCACCUGGAGUAACCGGACCAGACUGACCACAGGCGAGGAGUGUGCACCCUGUCCCAGGGGCUGGUUCUGCGUCAGUGGAGCCCAGGUGCCCUCAGGGGCAUGCAGAGCUGGACAUUACUGCCCACAAGGUACAAAGUGGGGCACCCAGUUCCCCUGCCCAGCAGGCACCUACAGCUCUCAGGCAGGCAACGGCCAGAUGGAAGACUGCCUGCCCUGCCCUCCAGGGGCCUUCUGCCCCAGCGGGGCCCCCAAGCCUGUGCUCUGCCCACGGGGGACCUCCCGCCAGAGUCCAGGUGCAAGGCUGGCUGUGGCCUGUGUGCUGUGCCCCUCUGGUCACCACUGCCCUGAGCUGGGCACCGCCACUCCACGGCCAUGUGGUGCUGGAAGCUUCUCAGGUCCCGGCCGUCUCUGGUGCCAGGAGUGCCCAGGUGGAAAACUCUGCAACCAGACAAAGCUGGCUGGACCCACGGCAUGUCCCCCCGGGCACUACUGCCCAGCACAGGGCCUGCUGUCCAUCCCCUGCCCCAUGGUAAGAAGCAUCCUCGCCCCUUCUCGAGUCUUCACUUUUGCACAGGAAAGCUCUGGGGGCAUGGGCCCCGUGCUGGUGGGUGGGAUGGGUGACAUCUCUUCACUGUGA